AUGGCGGCUGAUAAAGAAGAAAUAUGUGUUCUCUUGGUUGUGGCACUACAAGCUCAUAUGAAUCCUAUGCUCAAGUUCGCCAGAUGUCUUGCAUCAAAGGGUGUCUUUGUCACUCUUGCCAUGACUGAAACUGCAAGAGACACCCUUUUAAACUUCAACACUUUCACAACCCAAAACCCCAAAAUCAACCUUGAGUUCUUCUCAGAUGGGCUCACCGCCGAAUUCAACCGUGAGAAGGGCGGAGAGGCCUUGACCACCCUUCAAAUCUCAGGUUCCAAAAACCUCUCAAACCUCAUCAAAAACCUCACUUUCGUCAAGAAACUAACAAUUUCCUGCAUAAUUUUCAACCCCUUUGUUCCAUGGGUUGCUGAUGUAGCAGCUGAACUUGGCAUCCCUUGUGCCUUGCUUUGGAACCAAUCUUGUGCAACCUUUUCAAUUCUUUACAGAUACUCUAAAAAAAUCAACCCAUUUGAUCCAAACUUUGAAAUGAACCCAAGUGAGAUUUUGGGUUGUCCUGGAAUUCCAAAUUUAGAAGUCAAAGAUCUUCCUAGCACUAUCCUCCCUCCAACUCCUUUCCAUUUUAAGAAGCUGAUAUCAGAUUCAGUUCAGAGCUCAGAGAAGGCAAGUUGGGUUUUGGGCAAUUCGUUUUAUGAGCUCGAGAAGGACAUCAUAGACUCAAUGGAUUCACUCAUUCCAAUUCGCCCAAUUGGCCCGUUGGUCUCAUCAUUUAUACUGGGCAGAGCAGAAGAAGAUGAUAACAAUACCCUUCACAUUGACAUGUGGGAGGCUGAAGAGUCCUGCAUAGAAUGGCUCAACACGCAGCCAAUCUCCUCUGUUAUUUAUGCCUCAUUUGGCAGAGUGACUGUUUUGUCACAAAUUCAGAUAGACAACAUUGCCAUGGCAUUGAAAACCAGCAAAAGACCAUUUCUUUGGGUGCUAAAGGCCCCAACGGAAGGCUCCAAGAUGAAGUUAGGUGAAUUGCCAUCUGGGUUUUUAGAAGAGACCAGAGAGAGGGGCAUGGUGGUCAAUUGGUGCUCUCAGGAGAAGGUGCUUAUGCACAAGGCAGUGGCUUGCUUCAUGACCCAUGGUGGGUGGAGCUCUACACUUGAGACCGUUGCCUCUGGUGUGCCUGUUGUAGUUUAUCCAGAGUGGACUGAUCAGCCCACAAAUGCCAAGCUUUUGGCUGAUGUGUUUAGGGUUGGUGUGAGAAUUCGGGUUGGGGAAGAUGGGAUUGCUGGCUCAGAAGAAAUGGGAAGAUGCAUUGAGGAGGUUGUGGAUGGGCCAAGGGCUAAAGAAAUGAAGAAGAGAGCUUUGGAGUUGAAGGAAGCAGCAAAGAAAGCAGUGGAAGAUGGUGGUUCUUCUGACCUGAAUAUUAAUCAAUUUAUCAGGGAAAUUUCUGGGAAAUCUUGCUAA